AUGGAGAGUCGCUCCUCCGCCUCCUCCUCCUCUCAUCCGGCACCGUCGCCUCCGUCACCACGGCUCCCUUCUCGUUCCCUCCCCAACCCCAACCCCCUCUCGCCUGCACUUGGACUUGGACUUGGACUUGGCCAGCGCAAUCCAGCAAGUAAAAAGGGCUCGUCUGCGACGCCCGCCGGCGCCGGCAAGUUUACUGAGGAGUGGGACGCGAGCCAGCGCGGAAGCUCCAUCAUUGAUGAGAGCUACUACCACUACUACAACAACAACGACAACAACAACAACAACAACAAUAACAGGUUCAACGCCGCCGUCAUGCAGCGCUCCAACUCGGUCCACAGCUUUGCUGCCGGCAACGACGAGCACCAGCUUCCUGUGCGCAGCAGCAACACUCUGAAAAAGUCAUCCCACCGAGCCAACAGUCUGAGACGCAGCAGCAGCCGUCGAAGCCAUAGAGCUGGCAGCGUCCGGAGCCUGGUUCUGCACUCGGCCGCCGACCCAGAUGAUGCCCACAGCGCAUUCUUCUGCCCCAUUCCAACAUCCGGUAACCCUACUGACGUUCUCGCCAACAGGUUCCAGACCUGGCGGAAAGUCCUCAAGGAUCUCAUAAACUACUUCCGGGAGAUUCAGUCGCACUACGAGCAAAAGUCAAAGUCCUUUUCCAAGCUUUUAAACCUUUCAAACAGUAUAACAACUCCACCGCAGUUCCUCCACUCGGCGGGUAUAGACGAUGCACUUCAAUCCAUCCGCAGCUACAACAGCGCCGCCAUGCAAGAAGCUCUCAAGGCCAGGGAAAUAGAGGAGGACGUCUUACUGGCGCUCAUAGGGUUGAGAAGCGAUCUUCAGCAAAAAAUCAAAGAGAUUAAACGCUUGUCUGGCGAUUUCAAGAACUCGGUGGAGCGCGAAAUGGAAAACACUGCAAAGGCUGUUCGCGCUCUUGCCGACGUGCUCAACAAGACGGAAAUCGAUUCAUCCUCGACUACUGGCAAGCAAGAUCCAUAUCUGUUGCGAUUGGCUGUCGAUCGACAGGUCGAGCGCCAAAUCGAGGAAGAAAAUUACCUGCAUCAAGCUUACCUGAAUCUUGAAGGGUCCGGUCGUGAACUGGAAUCCAUCAUCGUCGGGGAGAUUCAAAAGGCGUAUAAUGCCUACGCCGGCAUUCUGAAGCGCGAGGCAGAUAAUUCCCAUGCGGUCAUCGAAGAACUUCGGGAAGGCCCCAUCGCCAUGCCCAAGGACCAGGAGUGGAUUCAUUUUGUAACACACGAGGAGCAAAUGGUUGACCCCACGACUCCCAUUCGCUCCGUGAGUCAAAUACAUUAUCCUGGGCAAGAUCACGUACUGGCCCAGGAGAUCAGAGCCGGCUUGUUGGAGCGCAAGAGCAAAUAUCUGAAGAGCUACGCGCCUGGAUGGUAUGUGCUCUCCACAACGCACCUGCACGAGUUCAAGUCCGCGGACAAGGCCCAAGCUCCCGUCAUGUCCCUCUUUCUGCCCGAGCAGAAGCUGGGAUCACACUCGAGUGAAGGGGGCUCAUCGAACAAGUUUAUUCUCAAGGGUCGACAAACUGGCACGAUGCACCGCGGACAUACGUGGGUCUUCCGUGCCGAAAGCCACGACACGAUGAUGGCCUGGUACGAGGAUAUCAAAGCAUUGACCGAGAACACGGCCGAGGAGCGGACUCAUUUCGUACGCACUCACUCUCGGAGCCUUAGCCAAGGGUCCCGCCGGUCAGUCAGCAGUGACGGCAUCGUUGACGAGGACGAUGACGAACCUUUUGCCGCAAAUCCACUGCAUGUCAACCCGGAGCCACGAGACGAAGCGGCGACUCGGCGACCUGAACCAGGUGGGCGGUUUCCAUCCGAUCUCCAAGUCAACGCUCAGCGCGGCUUACAGGCGCCACACUCGCCAUCUAGUGUAAGUUCUGGCCAGCCGGAUCACCCAGCGGAUCACCCAGCAGAUCACCCAGCGGAUGCGCCAAUGGAUGCAGCCAGGCAACAUGAUCGGCAACAUCAGCAAGUGAAUCAUAUGGGCUACGGAGGCACCGACCAGACGCCGAUGGAGCACAUGCCGUCCCAGGCCGCCAUUGCCAGCCAGCAGGCACACGACGACGGUAUUAACCCGUACACGAGCGAACCUGUGUCUCACUCGUCACACAAAGACGGGGGAUAUUUCGCCGGUGCGGUGGUCGCGACGCAGGGCUACCACCAGGACGAACCUGCCAGCAACUACGGUGGCGACGGCGUAGUGCCCCAGUUGCCGAACGAGCUUGAACAAGACCAAGACGUUGCGGUGUGGCGCCCGGAAACAGACACGAGCGGUUUGAGCUCGAGCGUCGCCCACAGGGAGACGUGUGUCAGCGGCCCGGAGCAGAAGAAUGCAGCGAAUGCAGCGGCAUAUACUGUCGACACGAUUCCCCGAUCCGAUGCGCAGCGAGAGGCCUUGCUCCAAGCCGUUCCGGAAGCGAGCUCGGCCGACCACAGCACUCCGGUCGGAACCCCUCUUGGGCGGAUGAGGAUGGGCGACGGAGAGAAGGACUUUAGGACAAACAGCCUUGCAACCAUUUCGAAUCUCCCGAUUCCCGGACGGUUUCCGAAAGCCAGCAGCGUUGCGUCGCCGUGA